UUCCGCCUCCCCGCGACGGCUUGUUGUUGUGGAGGCCAAGAUGGCGGCCCAGGCGGCGGCGGCGGCCCAGGCGGCGGCGGCUCAGGCUGCUCAGGCCGAGGCGGCCGAGUCGUGGUACCUGGCGCUGCUGGGCUUCGCCGAGCACUUCCGCACGUCCAGCCCGCCCAAGAUCCGCCUGUGCGUGCACUGCCUGCAGGCCGUGUUCCCGUUCAAGCCGCCGCAGCGCAUCGAGGCCCGCACGCACCUGCAGCUGGGUUCGGUGCUCUACCACCACACCAAGAACAGCGAGCAGGCGCGCAGCCACCUGGAGAAGGCGUGGCUGAUAUCCCAGCAAAUCCCACAGUUUGAAGACGUGAAGUUCGAGGCAGCGAGUCUGCUGUCGGAGCUGUACUGUCAGGAGAACUCAGUGGACGCCGCCAAGCCGCUGCUACGGAAGGCCAUCCAGAUCUCCCAGCAGACGCCCUACUGGCACUGCCGCCUGCUCUUCCAGCUCGCCCAGCUGCAUACGCUGGAGAAGGACUUGGUGUCGGCCUGUGACCUCCUGGGCGUGGGGGCGGAGUACGCCCGCGUGGUGGGAUCUGAGUACACCCGGGCGCUGUUUCUGCUCAGCAAAGGGAUGCUGCUGCUGAUGGAGCGCAAGCUGCAGGAGGUGCACCCACUGCUGACGCUGUGCGGGCAGAUUGUGGAGAGCUGGCAGGGGCACCCCAUCCAGAAGGAGGCCCUGCGCGUCUUCUUCCUGGUGCUCCAGGUCACCCACUACCUGGACGCCGGGCAGGUGAAGAGCGUGAAGCCGUGCCUAAAGCAGCUGCAGCAGUGCAUCCAGACCAUCUCCACGCUGCACGAUGACGAGAUCCUGCCCAGCAACCCUGCCGACCUCUUCCACUGGCUGCCAAAGGAGCACAUGUGCGUGCUGGUCUACCUGGUCACGGUGAUGCACUCCAUGCAGGCUGGCUACCUGGAGAAGGCGCAGAAGUACACGGACAAGGCGCUCAUGCAGCUGGAGAAGCUCAAGAUGCUGGACUGCAGCCCUAUCUUGUCGUCCUUCCAAGUCAUCCUGCUGGAGCAUAUCAUCAUGUGCAGGCUCGUCACGGGCCACAAGGCCACAGCACUGCAGGAGAUCUCACAGGUGUGCCAGCUCUGCCAGCAGUCCCCCCGGCUCUUCUCCAACCACGCGGCGCAGCUGCACACGCUGUUGGGUCUGUACUGCGUCUCCGUCAACUGCAUGGACAAUGCCGAGGCACAGUUCACCACGGCGCUGAGGCUCACCAACCACCAGGAGUUGUGGGCCUUUAUUGUCACCAACCUGGCCAGCGUGUACAUCCGGGAAGGAAAUAGACACCAAGAGGUACUCUACAGCCUGCUGGAGAGGAUCAAUCCCGAUCACAGCUUCCCUGUCAGCUCCCACUGCCUUCGGGCCGCAGCCUUCUACGUGCGUGGUCUCUUCUCCUUCUUCCAGGGACGCUACAAUGAGGCCAAGCGCUUCCUGCGUGAAACCCUUAAGAUGUCGAACGCAGAGGACCUGAACCGCCUCACGGCCUGUUCCCUCGUCCUUCUGGGCCACAUCUUCUAUGUGCUGGGCAACCAUAGGGAGAGUAACAACAUGGUGGUGCCCGCCAUGCAGCUGGCCAGUAAGAUCCCGGACAUGUCCGUGCAGCUCUGGUCAUCCGCUCUGCUGAGAGACCUGAACAAAGCCUGCGGGAACGCCAUGGACGCACAUGAGGCCGCUCAGAUGCAUCAGAACUUCUCCCAGCAACUGCUGCAGGACCACAUCGAGGCCUGCAGCCUCCCUGAGCACAACCUCAUCACGUGGACAGACGGGCCGCCCCCCGUGCAGUUCCAAGCCCAGAACGGCCCCAGCACCAGCCUUGCCAGCCUCCUGUGAGCCCCGGGGCCCACCCAGCAUCUUGGGGCUCCAGGGUGGAGUCCUGUGCACCCCAACAUCCACCCGGACAGCUCUGUUCUCCUUGGCUCAGUGCGGCCGCACUUCCCCAGCUUCCUGCCUCCCGAAUGUGGCCGCUCGGCCUCCAGAGAGGGUUGGCCCAUUGGGCGGAGGUUCUAUGCCGCAGGUUCAAGGGGCCGCUGGCAGCACUGGCACCCGCAUGGGGUCCUCGGGGACAUGCACCUGCUCCUGUGCUCUCCGGACGGCGCAGCAUGCCUGACCCACCCGCGGUGCCCCAUCUGGGCAGGACACUAAUGGGGCGGCAGACAGCUCCUCCAGACCAGCCCACCCAGCAGGGGGGGGCCAGCGCUGGCCUGCACCCCUGGGCUUCUCCGGCACUGUGCAGUGUCUCACCUGAGGCCAGCCCGCUGGAAGGGGCCUUGGCCUGGGUGUGCCUUAGCCGCGCAGCCCCCCGCCUCGCGUCCCCCAAUCACGCUCGGCUCCAUGUUUGUGUCCGCCUAUUUAUUUAAGCCUAUUUUUCUUCGCUUCUCGGCUGUGUGGCACCACGGAAGCCAGCGUCCCUCCUGAUGCUCAAGCGCUUUUAGUGUCCCAGGCUCUGUUGUCUCUGCCAGGCUGAAGUUCAGCCACGGUCCUUUGCCCCCACCCAUCACAGCUGCACCCGUCAUCCUGCAGCCUGUUUCCUUCAGGGCCUGCCCACAUCUGUGUCCUAAGGUCAGCGCCCAGGCCACUGCAUCACGCAGCCUUGAUCACCAGAGACACUCAGUCCAGAGCCUGGGGCCAGGCGACAGCUCCAGGCGGCCCUGCCUAGCGGGUGGCUCUGCCUCGUUUUGUUAAGGUUUUUACCAGGUUUCUGAGAUGUUGUUUUUUAUGGGUUUAUAAUAUGGUUUAGCAGCCUGUGACUUCCUGGGUGCUGUUAGUCAGGAGGAAGAUGAGUGUAAGUAGAGCGUUGGGAGAGUGGGACACUCCUUCCUGUCUGGAACUGGGUUCCCUGGUUCACAGUAAAACAGUUGCAGGUGA